CCGAGCCGGCCGCCGGCGAGCUCGCGCGCCAUACCAUUCCGUGCUCGCACACGCGACGCUCGUCUCUCGCCGCUGCGGCCCGCGUUCCGAUUCUAUCCGAUCCCGUGUUUCCGACGCGAGUGUGUGAUCUAAGCACGUGCCUACCGUGGCGUGUUACUUGUAUUCAGCUUUGUUAAAGCCGCCAAGAUUCGGGUGAAGAACCGAGAGCCGGUGCCGGCGUACGCCAUGGCCGACGCCGACCGAGAUUCGGAUCUUGGCGAUGACAGUCCAGUGAAUGCUGGACUAACAGUUAAACAGAGGAACGGAUUCGCUAUAAAUUCCGCCCGAUCUGAAGGAGAGUCCUCAGGGGAGCAAUCUUGCGAGAGUUCAGACGAGGGCGUUGGUAGGGAUGCACCAGGCUCCCUCCCUCACCAGCCCCAUCAGCCAAUGCAGCCUCACCAGGGGCUGCAGUCUCACCAGUCAUUACAGCACCAGAGCAUGACACAUCAAGCGUCACACAACAUGAGCCACCACGGGUCGGUCCAGCAUCAACCGCUGAACAGCCAUCAACUGUCCCACCAGCAUCAGAGAAACUCGCCCAGACCUCUUGAAAGGGAACUCAAAGUACGCGACGAUUUCGAGUCUCUGAAAUCAUCUUUACAUCCACACUUAUCUUCACUGGCCUCAUUAGCCCAGGGGGCUCCUUUGUCCAACCCUGGCAGUGUGUUUGCAUUGGCCGGUGCAGGGGCCACAGGGGGAUUCCCAUAUGCACCGCCAGCAUUCCUGGCACCGGCUCCACCACCGCCGGCUCAGCCCGCAGGCUCAGCCUCCUCCUCCUCAUCAGAAGGCAGCGCUGCUGGCUGGAGCUUCGAAGAACAGUAUAAGCAGGUCCGUCAGUUGUAUGAGAUCAGCGAUGAUCCACAAAGGAAGGAAUUCCUGGAUGACCUCUUCUCUUUCAUGCAAAAGCGAGGUACACCCAUCAACAGACUGCCGAUAAUGGCCAAAUCGGUGUUAGAUCUGUACGAGCUCUACAACCUAGUGAUUGCCCGUGGCGGGUUGGUCGAGGUGAUCAACAAGAAGCUGUGGCAGGAGAUCAUCAAGGGACUCCGCCUGCCGUCCUCCAUCACAUCUGCCGCGUUCACUUUACGCACACAAUACAUGAAAUAUUUGUAUGACUACGAGUGUGAGAAGAAGAACCUUUCUACUAGGAGUGAGCUUGAUGCAGCCAUUGAAGGCAACAAGCGGGAAGGACGCCGUGCGUCAGGACAGUACGAUGCUCAGGCAGCAUUGGCUAUGCCCCCACUAAACCGCGUGCCCGCGUCCCUGGCGCAGCUGUCCCAGCACAUGCAGCCGCUGUCGCUGUCGCUGGGCGGCGUGGCCCCGCGCCUGCCGCCGCUGCCGCCGCAUCUUGGACAACACGACAUCGAGUACAGAGUGCGCGAGUACAUGAAGAUGAUCCAACAGCAAAGAGACCUCAUGCGUCAUGGCUCAGAGUCCCCUCCGAACGGUCCAGGCCCGAUAAUGUCGCCUCGUGACGCGGCUGCCCUCAGUGCCAUCGAUGUGUCCCGCCUCACUCUCUGGUCCAUGUGCAACAACAAUAAUAACAGCAGCCCACUGCCAGACCUUGAGCCACAACGCGAGGCUCUGAACCUGAGCGAGAGCCCGAACUCUGUCACGAGCGGGGGCAAGCGCGAGGCGUGCCGGUCGCCCGCGCCGCCCGCCAAGCGCCGCACGCCGCGGCCGGCCUCGCGCCCCGCCUCGCCGCGCGCCGACCUGCACUCGCCGCCCGCGCACCGCCACGCGCGCCGCGACCAGUCCUCGGUCUCGCCGCCACAGAUGAACGGCGGCGGCGUGCCCACUACUAAUGGCGUCAAUGGGGCUGCCUUCAAAAUCACUACCAGAGGUGAUGCCAGCACAGGAGACCACCAACUAGUGGUUUCGAUAGAGCUGAACGGAGUGACGUACGAAGGCGUUCUGUUCCCAUCAGGGAACGGUCAGAAUGGACACAGGCAAAUGGUGUCUUAAACACAUCACACAAACACAUAUUAUAGGCUUAAGAACUGCGAUUUCAAGCAAUAAGUAUUUUAAAUUAGUGAGGAAGCUAUUUAUUUGGUUCCAGAGAAAAUUGGAAAGUUUUAGUUAAUUUUUCAUAAUCUCUUGACAAAACUUUUACCUCUGGAUGUCUCCAUUGUACGCAGCAUGAUGGCGAAUUGUCCAUGUUUUGAAGGUGGUUUGACAUGGGACGUUGCGGCCAGUUACGAAUAGAAAUAAGCAAUAACACCUUGCUAUAAAUUGGUUAAAAUGAAAGUCUGUCCGUUUCUCCCGACUCUCCUCUUCAGAGCAUGGGCAAAUCAUUUCAUCAUCAAUCUGUGUAGCCUGGUUGAGUUCAUGAACUACGAAUAUUAAUGUAUAUAAAAUUGCACAUACAUAAAUAAAUAUGUACGUUGCAAAUACUUUGCUUGCAUCAUUUGCAAUAGUUGUUUAACAUCAUUUGUCUAGUGUGAACUUAACAGCGAUAUUUUGUAAAAUUCUACGGGAAAGUAGGGUAAUAAGAGCCAUCGGAAAUUUUUGACUAAAAUCACAUAUGACGUUCUUAUAAAAUUUUAAUUUGGAAACUAUACUUAAGUAUGCUGUAGUUUUGUAUGAGUAUACGACUACAAUUUAAUAAGGAUUCUUCUUAUUACCUCAGACGAGAGUAAUAAGGAACCACUUGACGUUGAAAAUAAGAACUUAACACAAAUUACAUCUACACAAUCUAUUAAAUUAUUAUAAGAAAAAAAAUGAAUUCAAUUUUCUAUGGUGCCAAAAAAGUUACGUUAUCGAAAUCUGGACCAACACCUCCAGAACUUUAAGUGCACUCAUAUAAUUUUAAAAAUAAUAAAUUACUAACUUAAUUGAGUAUUAAAAUAAUGAAAUUUGUAAUCAAUAUAAUUAAUUUCAUAAAUUAUUUUAUAUUCAUAAUUCAUUUCAUAAAUUGAUUUUCAUCAAUCACAAUCACUCAAUGAUAAUUUUACAUUUUACAAUGAUAACUUGAUUAGGAUAAGCGAUUAGAAUGGGAUGUGACAAGAAUUGAUAAGGUAAGAAAUGAAUUUAUGUUAGACGAAGCCUGAAAGUAGUUACGGCUGAGGAAGCUGAAAGGAUAUUGUGAAAGAACGCAAAGGAAGAUGACUACCAAAGAAAAAUCUAAUGAAUUUUGUAUAGAAUGGUAUGACAGCAGAGUUUUGUGACAUGUGAUGCCUGAUAGUGAUGGGAGCGUCUAUUAUUCACGAAAAUAUGGGGCAUGGAAAACACCACACAAUUACUUAUACAAACCAUUUCAUUAUGAUAUCGCUUUAAAUGACCUUUCUAUACAAUUAACGGUCAGUUUAUACUGGUUUUCAUAGCUGGAUGUAUAGCCAUGUGCACCAUGUUGAAGUGACUUAUCACAACGUGAGUAAUGGACGACUUCUAUGAGAGAACGGAGAAGAUAAAUUGCCCACCUUCAUCUAUCCUUUGCCUUAUCCUAACUUAGAGUCUUCUAAAUUUUAGUAUCGUAGGGUCCGAAUGGCUGACGGUUUUAACAUUUUGACUAUGAAAUAGAAUGACUAAGGAAUUUAUUUCUUUAUUAAUUGAAUUUUUAUUCUAUUUCAACUUAAUUACCGGUAGGUAAUGACUAUAUUGUACACAACAAUAUAACAUAACGUUUAUUGAUUGUACACACAUGUAAACAAUCAGAAGUUUACGUUCCGUUCACUAGAUGGCUCUUAUUUCCCGUGCUCUGGGUUGACUGCUCUUUUAAAUACUCAGUGCUUUGAAAUCGCAGGUUUAUAAGUACCUAUGUUUUAAAUGUUUACUCAUUUUUAUAUUAUAAUUUAAGUGAGACAUACUAAAUUAAUUAUUAUGUUUUUCGACUUACUCACGUAAUUAUUUGACGAGGAACUCGACUAGUUUCAAGCCAUGCUAGAGGCUCAUAUCCAUGAGCAGAGCAUUACGUGAGUAUGCCGUAAAACAUAGUAUUUAAUUUACUCACUUUAUUCGAAAUAAGUACAAAAAGUUCACAAUUUCAUCCAAUUAAGAUAUUAUUGUGCAAGAUUGAUUGGGAAAUUGAUGGGGAUUAAGUUUAAUUUUUAUUCUUUGACAUUUCGAAGUACUUAGGUAAUAAUGAUUUUUAUAGUUGUCAAAAAUUUUACACUGCCUAUGAAGAACGUGGAAUUGCUUGUAAAUCAGUAUAAGAAACAAAAAAAAAUACUGAAAAGAAAUAAUGGUUUCAACGUUUUCUCUAAUGGAUGUUUUGUAUGAAUAUUUUAAUGAUUUUUUUAUAAUGUCGUGAAGAGAUGAAAGAGAUGACAUUUUGUGUAAAUAUAGUUUUAAUACUUUUUGUUAUUUAUAAUUUGUCGAACGUGUGAUGGGUAUAUGUUUUGUAACGCGUCGUGAUUUGUUUUGCGUUGUCACAUUGGAUAGAUACGUUACGUAGCUGCAGGAUUGAGUUCAUUAGAAGUAAGUAUAAAAAGAGUUUCAAUAAGUUUCAGGUUAAAUAACAUUUUAGCGUUUUGUGUGCCAAAAGAUAAUAAGAACAGAAAACUCAAUAUAAAGGGGCUUGAAUGAAUUCUGACCUAAUGUCAGUUCAUUUAGUUUUCUACUCUCUUGGCAGACAAGCGCUAAAAUGGCAUUUACCUCAUACUAAAACUACAUAAUUGUGUUUUGUAAUUUGUAUUCUCUAUUCCUGCAGACAGGAGAUUGAUUUAGCUCAUUUUUGAAUGUUGUAGCAUAUAUUUUAAAAGUGAUAGUUGAUUGUGCAUGUUGAUGAUAUGAUUUGUUUAAUGAGCUGCAACAAAUAUAUGAGUUCUAAAACAUCUUCUGUACUUGAUGUAUUCUUAAAUAAUUUUUCGCAUUGUAUAUUAUUGUAAAUAGAGAUUCAUUUGUGUGGUAGAUGAAGGGUUUGUACACCGUUGUGGUAUGUUUGUGAUCCAUUUCAAAAAGGUGUAAAUUUUAAUUUUUCUAUGAAGAUUUCAGUAUUCUACUUAGUGUGUAGGUAUUUAUAAAUCUUGGAUAGGACUUGUGUUUGUACGGGAAGUCGAAUGAUUAUGUUCUAUUGAAGAGACAGGAAUUGUCUGUUAUGAAAGUUACUUGUUUUAUGAUUGAUAAGUGUAAGAAAAACGACAGCAUCAUGAAUGCCAAAAGCCACUUAUCCAUAAAUACAUAAAAAAUGCACAUCGCCUUCGUUUUUAAAAGUAGACGUUUAUGAAUGUUACUAAAAUGUCUAUGGUACGCGGAUUUUUACUU